AUGAACAGAUCACCCGGUGAGUUUCAAAGGUACGCAAAGGCGUUUCAAAAACAGUUGUCUAGGGUACAGCAGCCCGGAGGCAAGGGCAAAAUGCCCUCCCCAGGGGGAGCAUUUGCAGGGAUUAGUGGUUUGAUUUUGCUUGGAGGUGGUGCUCUUUUAGUGAAUAAUGCGCUAUUUAAUGUGGACGGUGGUCAUAGAGCCAUUGUUUAUUCCAGGUUGAAUGGUGUCUCCACCAGGAUUUUCAACGAAGGUACGCAUUUUAUCUUCCCUUGGAUCGACACCCCAAUCAUCUUUGAUGUGAGAGCCAAACCUCGUAAUGUUGCGUCUUUGACGGGUACCAAAGACUUGCAAAUGGUGAAUAUCACUUGUAGAGUGCUUUCUAGACCAGACGUGGGACAACUGCCUACCAUAUAUAGAACUUUAGGUCAGGAUUAUGACGAAAGAGUUCUACCCUCUAUUGUCAACGAAGUUUUAAAGGCUGUCGUAGCCCAAUUCAAUGCGUCGCAACUAAUCACUCAAAGAGAAAAAGUUUCUCGGUUGAUUCGUGAGAACUUGGUUCGUCGUGCAAGCAGAUUCAAUAUCUUGUUAGAUGAUGUUUCCAUUACAUACAUGACCUUUUCGCCUGAGUUUACCAAUGCUGUAGAAGCCAAGCAAAUUGCUCAACAAGAUGCCCAGAGAGCGGCAUUUGUGGUUGAUAAGGCUAGACAAGAAAAGCAAGGAAUGGUAGUGAAGGCACAGGGUGAGGCCAAAUCUGCAGAGCUGAUUGGUGAAGCCAUCAAAAAAUCGAAAGAUUACGUGGAAUUGAAAAGAUUGGAUACUGCCAGGGACAUUGCCAAGAUCCUGGCCAACUCUCCUAAUAGAGUCGUCUUGGAUAAUGAAGCAUUGUUAUUGAACACAAUGGUAGACGCGAGAAUUAACGAGAGGAGCAAAUAA